ACGCGGUUGUUGAAGCUCGCCUAGAGGCAUAUCUAGAUCAAGAUAUUCUCAAUAUCCAACGCGCCAAAAUGACCAUCAGGCCACUUCAGAAGGUUUCCGUUGGCCAAAAUGGCGUCGGCGCCUUCAUCCUCCAGUGCAAGAGGCUAGAAUUCCACUACUGCGAUUGGGCUGGAAGCUCCAAGGGCAUGAACCAGUUCAUCAGGCAGCAUCUCCCAACCUUCGCCGCAAAAAACCCCCAGAUCGAAAUCACCGUGUCUCCACGGCCGCAAAAGCACCCCGUCGUUGUUGGCCACUUCAUCAAUGGCAACAACAGGCCAGUCUGCGUUCGAAACCUCGAUGCGAACCAAAUUCUCAAGAAGGUCGAGCUGUUGCGCGAGAUGAACGGUGAAGUCAACAAGAAGUUUUCCAAGCCGGUCAGGAGUAUCAACGAGAGUGUCAGAGGUGUCUGGAGUCCAUACCACGGCAAUGGCAUGCCUGUAUAGCCUAUCGAAUUCGGAAACAAUACUUUCAUUGUAUGGGCAGGUACAGCGUGUACUAUAUUGUAUAAAACUUUUGGAGUGCACAUCAAUAGACAAGAUCGAGCAAACA